GGAAUCCGCAUCCUUCAGAGACCACUUCCGGUUGGUGCCUCGAUUCGGACCCUCGGUGGCGUCUGCAGCAGGUAAACCAGAGAAUUCGCUGUCUCUCCUAUGGCUGCCUCACGAACUUCACAGACUGUUGCGUCUCAUGUUCCCUUUGCAGAUUUAUGUUCAACGUUAGAACGAAUACAGAAAAGUAAAGGACGUGAAGAGAAAGUUAGACACUUCAAGGAAUUUUUAGACUCUUGGAGAAAAUUUCAUGAUGCUCUUCAUAAGCACCAAAUGGAUGUUGCAGACUCUUUUUAUCCAGCAAUGAGACUUAUUCUUCCUCAGCUCGAAAGAGAGAGAAUGGCUUAUGGAAUCAAGGAAACUAUGCUUGCUAAGUUUUAUAUUGAAUUGCUUAAUUUACCGCGAGAAGGGAAAGAUGCUCUUAAACUCCUAAAUUACAGAACACCUACUGGAACUCGUGGAGAUGCCGGAGACUUUGCAAUGAUUGCAUACUUUGUGUUGAAGCCUAGGUGUUUGCAGAAAGGAAGCUUAAACAUACAGCAAGUCAAUGAACUUUUAGACUCAGUUGCCAGCAAUAAUUCUGCCAAAAAAAAAGACCUAGUAAAAAAGAGUCUUCUUCAACUUAUAACUCAGAGCUCAGCACUUGAACAAAAGUGGCUUAUACGGAUGAUUGUGAAGGAUUUAAAGCUUGGUAUUAGUGAGAAAACUAUAUUUUCUAUUUUUCAUAAUGAUGCUGCUGAGUUGCAUAAUGUCACCAUGGAUCUGGAAAAAGUCUGCAGGCAACUCCAUGACCCCUCUGUUGGACUUAGUGAUAUUUCUAUCACAUUAUUUUCUGCCUUUAAACCAAUGCUAGCUGCCAUAGCAGAUAUUGAGCACAUUGAGAAGGACAUGAAACACCAGAGUUUCUACAUUGAAACCAAGCUGGAUGGUGAGCGCAUGCAGAUGCACAAAGAUGGAGAUGUGUAUCGGUACUUUUCCCGAAAUGGAUAUAAUUAUACCGAUCAGUUUGGUGCUUCUCCCAGUGAAGGUUCUCUUACACCCUUCAUUCAUAAUGCCUUCAAAACAGAUGUACAGAUCUGUAUCCUGGACGGUGAGAUGAUGGCCUACAACCCCAGCACGCAAACUUUCAUGCAAAAGGGGAAUGAGUUUGACAUUAAAAGAAUGGUAGAAGACUCUGAUCUGCAGACUUGUUACUGUGUUUUUGAUGUGUUGAUGGUUAAUAAUAAAAAGCUAGGACGUGAGACACUGCAGAAGAGGUAUGAGAUUCUCAAUAGCACUUUUACACCAGUAUCGGGUAGAAUGGAAAUAGUACAGAAAGCCCAAGCUCGUACUAAGAAAGAAGUUAUUGAUGCAUUGAAUGAAGCAAUUGAUAAAAGAGAAGAGGGAAUCAUGAUCAAACAUCCUCUGUCCAUUUAUAAGCCAGACAAAAGAGGUGAAGGAUGGCUCAAAAUUAAACCAGAGUAUGUCAGUGGACUAAUGGACAAACUGGACAUCUUAAUUGUGGGAGGCUAUUGGGGGAAGGGCUCCCGGGGUGGGAUGAUGUCUCAUUUUUUGUGUGCUGUAGCAGAGAAGCCCCCUGCUGGUGAGAAACCAACAGUGUUUCAUACCCUCUGUCGUGUUGGCUCAGGAUACACCAUGAAAGAACUGUAUGAUCUAGGUUUAAAACUGGCCAAACACUGGAAACCUUUUCAUAAAAAAGCACCACCAAGUAGCAUUUUAUGUGGAACAGAGAAACCAGAAGUGUACAUUGAACCUUGUCAUUCUGUCAUUGUUCAGAUUAAGGCAGCAGAGAUUGUCCCCAGUGAAAUGUAUAAAACUAGCUGCACAUUGCGUUUUCCAAGAAUUGAGAAGAUCAGAGAUGACAAAGAGUGGCAUGAGUGCAUGACUCUAGAUCAGCUAGAACACCUGCGGGGGAAGGCAUCUGGGAAGCUUGCGUCAAAACAUCUUGAUGUAGGCAGUAAUGAUGAACCUAAAGAAAAGAAGCGGAAAACAACCCCAAAGAAGAAGAAAGUCAUUGGAAUUCUUGAACACUUAAAAGCACCUAACCUUUCUAACAUAAGCAAAGUGUCUAACAUAUUUGAGGAUGUAGAGUUCUGUGUUAUGAGUGGAACAGACAGUCAUUCUAAACUUGACCUGGAGAACAGAAUUGCAGAAUUUGGUGGUUAUAUAGUACAAAACCCAGGUCCUGACACAUACUGUGUAAUUGCAGGCUCAGAAAACAUUAGGGUGAAAAAUAUUAUUUCUUCAGAUAAACAUGAUGUUGUCCGGCCUGCGUGGCUUCUGGAGUGUUUUAAGGCUAAGAUGUGCUUGCCAUGGCAUCCUCGCUUUAUGAUCCACAUGUGUCCAUCAACAAAACAACAAUUUGCCCGGGAAUAUGAUUGCUAUGGUGACAGUUAUUUUGUUGACUCAGAUUUGAACCAGCUGCAAGAAGUGUUCUCAGGAAUUAAGGACUCUCAUGACUGGACCCCUGACGAAAUAGCCUCUGUGAUUGCAGAUUUAGAAUAUCGUUAUUCCUGGGACCAGUCUCCUCUCAGUAUGUUUCGACAUCACACCAUAUAUUUGGACUUGUAUACUGUUAUUAAUGAUGUGAAUACCAAACUCAAGGGAGCAGGAUUAGCUAUUACAGCUUUGGAGCUUCAAUUUCAUGGUGCAAAAGUAGUUUCUUGUUUAGCUGAAGGUGUGUCUCAUGUGAUCAUUGGGGAAGAUCAGAGCCGAGUUGCAGAUUUUAAAGAUUUUCGAAGAACUAUUAGGAAAAAGUUUAAAAUCCUACAUGAAUAUUGGGUAACUGACUCAAUAGACAAAGGUGAAUUAGUAGAGGAAAGUCAGUAUUUGAUUUAAUGCUAGCUUCUUGGGAAAAUCUUGAUCCUGCAGACUCAUUGCAGCAGAUGAUAAUGGUAAACUUUUGCAUUUUAAAUCUAUACUUAAUUUAUUAGAUAUAGGUAAACAAAUAUUUCUAAGAAAUGCAACUGAAUGAUUCAAGCCAAGAAAUUCUGUCACUAGUGUAUAUUUUAUGAUUUUCUGUAACAGAGAUGAAACAAAUGAAGAUAUCCAUAUAUGAAUUUAAUGUUUUGACUUAGAUAUUAAUAAAAUGCAUUAAGAAGUCUUUAGAAUAUUGAUCUUAUGAAUAGAAUUUUUCUAAGAUCAGCUAACAUUUUUAAUCGUUUUUAUCUAAUGUAUUUUAAGGAAAAAAAGUGGAAUUGUUAGGCAAAUUUUUACUUGAAACCUAAAAUAUCUCUUAAAAGUGGAAUGUAAAUUAUUUAAGACUCUAAGUUAUUUAAUGUCAAUGGAUAUAGUGUGUGUCUGAACUUAUUUAACAAAUUUUCCAGUACAGUCUGUAUUUAAAAAUGUAUGUUCAUAGCACUCCUGGAAUGAAGGGAAUUUGAAACUUGAACUACUACAUGUAAUUUUUUUUUUUUUUUUGAUGAUACCAUGGAUCAAACUUGGGACCUUGUGCUUGCCAGGCAAUACAUGUAAAUUAUUUGGAAGUAGAACAAGUG